AGGAGUGAGGCUUUAUAAGCGAGCGGCGCAUGGAGAGUGCGGUUUGUGUAAACACUGAGCUCGACGCGCGGAUCGCCGUUUUUUGACACGUCGCAGCAAAGUGGGAGAGGUUUACUUUGAGGACUCGGUUCCUUUUAAUAAAAAAAAAGAAGAAGAAGAAGAAGAGAGAGAGGGAAAGAAGGAAACAAACCUCGGAUUGUCACUGAGUGCUACGCGAUGACUGGUGCGCCGAGCAGGUUCAGUUUUUCCGUCAGGAGCAUCCUGGACCUGCCUGAGCAGGAUGCGGAGGCUGCGCCGCGGUCCUCCUCGGUUUACUCCUCCUGCUCCUCCAGCUCGCCCUACACCUCCUGGGUGGAGUGCGAUCGGAGCCCCUGCAUGUCUUCGGAUGAGGGCGGUUUCGAACCAUCCCCCGACUCAACCAAACCGGACGACGCGUCCCUGGACUUGGAGCCGGUUGAGAGGAUCAAGAAGAGCAAGAAGCGCCGCGUCCUGUUCUCCAAAGCCCAGACCUUGGAGCUGGAGAGGCGCUUCCGCCAGCAGCGCUACCUGUCCGGGCCGGAGAGGGAGCAGCUGGCCCGGCUCCUCAGCCUCACUCCGACCCAGGUGAAGAUCUGGUUUCAGAACCACCGCUACAAGAUGAAGAGAGGCCGGGCGGAAGGCGCGCUGCCGCCGGACGCGGACAUUCCGCAGCCGCCGCUGCUGCGCAGGGUGGUCGUUCCGAUUCUGGUCCGGGACGGGAAACCCUUCCACACCUGCUUCAUUGAGGCGGACAAAGCCAGCUGCCUGACCUCUCCCGCGCAUCCUCAUCCUCAAGCCGUCCAAUUACCUUUAGCCUUCCCUCCUCUCCAGCAUCCCUCCCUCGCAUCGCUUCCGUCCCGGUACCAGCAGCACUUUCCAGCCUCGGCGGCCUCCAGAUUCGCCUGGAGGGACUUUUGGAGCGACUCGGCCCCCUUUGCCCCUCUCAAAUGAAGAUCCUCAUAUGAAUGCACAAACUCAUUUAGAAUGGCAUCAAAUGUUGUCUAAAUGUUUUCCACAUUUCUGAGCUACUCAAACGUUUAGAUUCACACUUUAGAGCGAAGAAUGUUUUGCACAAUUUUUUUUAUGUUUUUGAUUUUGUACAGCUGAUUCUUGGUGCAGCUUGUAGGACGUUUUUUUAAAAGUGAUAAUUCAUUUGUGUAAUUUA